CUCUCUCUCCACGGGGAUUGGCUGAGGUCUCUCUCUCCACGGGGAUUAGCUGAUCGGGUGCCAGUGAUGCACAUAACAGUAUUUAGUUUCUCGCCUUUAUGACCACGUGUCAGGGGGCUGAUGGGGGCUGAUACACGUCUUUAUUGCCAGGGAGGCAGGAGAGGUAGAGGUGGAUCCAACCAGCACCUCCUAUCAUCUCCUGACUUUCACUGCUCUCUACUCUGUCUGGCCCGGGCCACGCGCACGCGCCCUUAUCAGAUGCACCUCGCGCCUCCAACGCUUUGGGGAGGCAAAGUGGCGAGACUGUUUGUGUGUGAUUAACUGACUGACUGACUGACUGGCUGGCUGACUGGCUGACCGUGUGAGAAAUGAAUGGUUACAGAUCUCCCUACCUGUACAUAGGGGGUCUGGUGACACAGGUCCGAGCACCGCUCCAGAGGACCCCCAAGUGCGCGCGGUGCCGUAACCACGGCGUCCUGUCCUGGCUGAAGGGGCACAAGCGAUACUGCUGCUUCAAGGACUGCACCUGUGAGAAAUGCAUCCUGAUCAUCGAGAGGCAGCGGGUCAUGGCGGCGCAGGUGGCGCUCCGCAAACAGCAGGCCAACGAGAGUCUGGAGAGCAGAGCCCUGCCCGGCAUCACAGUGCCUGGAUGGGGGGAGAGCAUUAUCCCUGGGUCUCUGAGAGCCCUGCCCGGCAUCACGGUGCCUGGAUUGGGGGCGGGGAACCGGGGCCUGCCGCCCCACUCUGGGGACAUGGACCUCCAAUGGACAUCGAAACAGACUGCCAACACACAGGUGCUGAAUGAGGAUGCGUCGGGGGACCACUCCGGUGGGGAGAAUGGUGGUGGUAGCAGCACUGAGAAGGACCAGGUCCAUAGCUACUCCCCUGAGGGCUCCAAAACCUCAUACUACCCUCCAUCCCAGACCAACGAGGGUCGCUGUAGCCUCCCUCUCCCCCUCACUAGCCUCCCUCUCCCCCUGGCCCUCCCUAAGACCUGCAGCACCUCUCCAGAGCUGAAGGCAGACAGGCCCCCUAGGGGCUACCCCGGGGUUGGGGCAGGGGGGCUGCCAGGGGACCACAGCCUGGUGAUUGAGGGCCUGUCUGGGUCUGUCUCCCUUCCCUUCAACCUGCGAGCCAACCGGCCACCCCUGGAGGUGCUGAAGAAGAUCUUCCCGUCUCACAAGCCCCCGGUGCUGGAGCUGAUCCUGCAGGGGUGUGGAGAGGACCUGGUGGGGGCCGUCGAGGUGCUGCUGUCCAGCCGGGCCCAGGAGGCCAGGGGGGGUCACCCCCACAGUCAGGACCUCCACCCCGACACCCUGAUCCUGCCCUCCAUCAGCCAUCUCCUGGACCACUCCCUGGGGUCCUACCACCCUCUGGCCACCUCUGCCAAGUGGUCUGUGGACUCUGCUUUCAGGGUGCCUGAGUCCCUGUGCUUCUCGUUUGAUUCGUCGUCCAGCCCCCUGACCCUGCAGCCAGGGUCAUUCCCCCAUCCACCCCGCCACCCUCUGAGGCUGAGGAACUCUCUGACACGCGGUGGUGGAACCGGACCCUUCUGCAAUGACUUGACCCUAUGGAACACCAUGAUGCUGCAGCGGCACCAGCUACGGUCAGCUCAGUACGUCUCUCCUUUUUCCUCCGCUGAGGUCUUCCAACGCUCUCCGCUUCUCUCCUCUCCUCUCUCCUCCUCCUCUCUUCUUCUCUCCUCCUCCCCUCUCCUCCUCCUCCUCCUCUCCUCUCUUCUCCUCUCCUCCUCCUCCCCACUCCUCUCCUCCUCCCGCCCCCAGAAGGUGCAUUGUCUCUCCCAGCUAGAGGACUGUCCCCCUGCACCCAUCUCCCCCACCCCCAGCGCUAAACAGACCCUCUACACCCCAGAGGAGGACUACGAGGACCGCUCAGACUCCUUCGACUCACGAAUCCUCAACUCCUCCACCUGAACCAAUAUGAACAAAUUAACCAAUAUUUAAGCAGAAUUCAUGUGUGAAUAAGUCUUGACUAAGGGCUGUUCUUAGAACAGAGGUGAAGCCAAGGGGAACUGCCCUUAUGAGGGUGUUAUUCUAGAUCAUUCCGGUUGUAAAAUGGUUGCCAACAUAUUAAAAAAGAUUAUCUGCAUGUUUUUGAAAACUUUAUUAUGUUGACUAAAUUAGUUUUAUGUUAUCCUUCCUUCAUACUAAAUAGUCAGGGUUAAAGCCAGUCCUUAGUUCUGAGUUACUGAAGUUGCUAGCCAAAUGAGAGGGUCAUUCAUUCUGAGGUUGUGAAGUUGCUAGCCAAAUGAGAAGGUCAUUCAUUCUGAGGUUGUGAAGUUGCUAGCCAAAUGAGAGGGUCAUUCAUUCUGAGGUUGUGAAGUUGCUAGCCAAAUGAGAAGGUCAUUCAUUCUGAGGUUGUGAAGUUGCUAGCCAAAUGAGAAGGUCAUUCAUUCUGAGGUUGUGAAGUUGCUAGCCAAAUGAGAAGGUCAUUCAUUCUGAGGUUGUGAAGUUGCUAGCCAAAUGAGAAGGUCAUUCAUUCUGAGGUUGUGAAGUUGCUAGCCAAAUGAGAAGGUCAUUCAUUCUGAGGUUGUGAAGUUGCUAGCCAAAUGAGAAGGUCAUUCAUUCUGAGGUUGUGAAGUUGCUAGCCAAAUGAGAAGGUCAUUCAUUCUGAGGUUGUGAAGUUGCUAGCCAAAUGAGAAGGUCAUUCAUUCUGAGGUUGUGAAGUUGC